UUCCUAAAAUUUAUUCAAUGUUGCGGACCCUGACUAUUAACCUUAUAAAAUGCCGGCGCUUCAAAUUCGCUGAAUCAUUUAUUAGUAAAUACAAAUACAGUUCGGUCUCGAGAACGAAUCAGCCUAAAAACUUAUCGCCGAUCACAGUUAAUGCGAUGGCGGAUGAUAUGUCUAACUACUACUUGCCCAAAACCCAGACGUUUGUUGAGCUGGACUGUACUGAGGCAUUUAACAACUUGACUGAUCAAGAGAAAUUGUAUGCGCAUUAUUUGACUCAGGCUGCUUGGAGUGGAGGUCUAAUAGUCCUUCUACAGACCAGUCCCGAGUCACCACGGAUCUUCUCCCUGUUACAUAGAAUUUUUCUCGGAGAAAGUUUGGAGUCUCUCAAGAAGUCUGCUUUGGAGAUGAAGGUCUCUGAAGAUGAUUUUCAGGCAUUUUUAAUUUAUGCUGGUGGAUUCUUCAGCAACAUGGGUAACUACAAAGGUUUUGGGGAUACAAAAUUCAUUCCAUACCUCAGCAAGGAGACUUUUGAACAGAUCAUUAAAGCAUCCAAAGCGUAUGAGAAUGAUACGACACAUAUCACUAAGUUGUGGCUGAAUACACAAAACGCUAUGUACAAUUUAGCGCCGAGACUAAGAAGUCUUGGAUUGUCUGAUAAGGGUGUCACAACAUACUUUUCAAGUAAUUGCAACGAAACUGAUGCAAAGCUCGUCUCGGAAUGGAUGAAGUCGAAAAAAAUCGAAGCCGUUAACAGUCGAACUUUCAAAUCUAAACACACUGAUGGACUGCCCGUAUACAUAAUCCACUUGGCUAGCGAAAAAACUUCGCCGAAACCGAAUUUGACAAUGGAGAAAGAGGUAUUUAAAAAUGCCUACUUUCAAAUCACUAGAGGCGAUUAUUCUCCUCUGUUAAAAUUGGUAACUGACCAACUUGAGAUUGCGAAACAACAUGCCGCCAAUGACACUGAGAAAGAUAUGCUCACACAUUACAUCAAGAGUUUCAAAGAAGGCAAUCUGGAUGAUCACAAAGAAGGAAGCAAAUUUUGGAUUAAAAACAAAGGCCCUAUUAUUGAAACAUACAUAGGUUUCAUAGAGACCUACAGAGAUCCAAGUGGCCAACGUGGUGAAUUUGAAGCGUUCGUAGCAAUGGUCAAUAAAGAAAUGUCAAAGAAGUUCAGCGAGUUGGUUAUCAGUGCUGAGAAAUUUAUCACACUUCUCCCUUGGGGACGUGACUUAGAAAAGGACGAGUUCAAACGCCCUGAUUUCACGAGUUUAGAUGUCCUCUGCUUCGCUGGAAGUGGAAUACCGGCAGGCAUUAACAUUCCUAACUAUGACGAAAUUCGCGAGAACGUCGGUUUUAAGAACGUGUCGCUAGGCAACGUGAUUCCAGCAUCGUACAAGGGAAGAGACAUGCCGUUUGUUUCGGAGGCAGACAAGGCAAUGCUUGAGAAGUACAAAAUUGAUGCAUUUGAGGUGCAAGUUGGACUGCACGAACUCUUAGGCCACGGUAGCGGCAAGCUCUUCCGUGAAACGGCGCCUGGAGUUUUCAACUUCGAUAAGAACAAGGUUAAAAAUCCAUUAACAGGGGAACUCAUAACGUCAUGGUACGGGGAGGGUGAUACUUAUGACAGCAAAUUUUCAAACGUGGGUUCCGCAUUCGAAGAAUGCCGCGCCGAAGCCGUCGGCCUCUACCUCUGCUUGGAACCAGAGAUUUUGAAGAUAUUCGGUUACAAGGCAGAAGAAGCUGAAAAUGUUAUAUACGUCAACUGGCUCAGCUUGUUGUGGAAUGCGUGCGCGAAAGCGCUGGAGUUGUACCAACCUGCGACUAAAACUUGGCUCCAGGCACACGCGCAGGCUCGAUUCGUCCUUAUGAGAUUACUAGAAUUGGAAGGCAACGGGAUGCUAGAAAUUACUGAAACGGACCCUGGCAAGAAUUUACUUAUAAAGUUGGACAGGAGCCGCAUCAAAACAGACGGGAAAAGAAUCAUAGGUGAAUUUCUGGUAAAACUGCAAACUAUCAAGUCGACGGGCGACGUGAAAGCUGGCAACAAAUUGUUCGACAAGUACUCCAAAGUGGACGGCGCAUGGGCAUCAUGGCGAGACAUCGUGCUUAAACAUAAACAGCCUCGCAACAUCUUCGUACAGGCGAAUACCGUUAACAAUGGAGGUAAAGUCGAACUGAAGCUGUACCAACCGACCGCAGAAGGCAUGAUCCAGUCUUGGACAGAACGGUUCCCCGUCACGAAUGUUCAUGAUAUUCUGGAGCAAUUGGCCGAGGCCGAUAAGGUUCAUUAUGAAGACCUCUUGACCCUUGAAGGUUAAAGUGUUUGUCGUCAUCAAUUGGUGUAUGUUUAUAUGUUUGAAUGUUGACUUUGUAUGUAAACUAAUCACGGUACAUUUAUUAUUAUGUGGUUUGGUGGAAAGAAAUAAGCACGUCAAAUGAAAAGUUGUAUAUUAAGUAGUUUUCCUUCUUUGGGUAGCUGUUCUGGGGGCCUACCACAACAUUCAAAAAUCAAUAUUUCCAACUCAAUUUGUAUCAUGAAAAAUCUGUCAACUAAGUAAUGUAUUAUUGUUAAAAUACUUUCUAUUCCUUGUUCCAAUAUUGUCUAUUCCAUGCUUAAAAUAGGAGAGAAAUAACGCUAUAUGAACUGCAUAAUGCCAUUCUUUCUUUUUGAAGACCCUUUUUGUCCAGUCGUAGUAUAACGAGAAAUCGGUGAAAUAGUCGUAGUAUAAUAACAAUCGGUGAAAGCGCAUAAAGUCACGAUAUAAACAUCAUUUAUUUAAUGAUAAACUAUUUCCCAUGUAUUAAUAAAUAAUAAAACAUCGAAGAGAUUUAUGUAAUUAAAUAACUUAGUUUUAAUUGUCACUAAUAAUUAGAAAAUAAAUUCGUAAUUAAAAUUAUUUCCACUUCGUCCUAUUUUAAGGAGGUUGUGGUAUGCCCCUGAUCUCUCAAACAACGAGGAAUAUGACUGGUUCACUUGUUUACGGAAUCCAACCAAGAUAAAACAGAAAGUUAAAAGUAACGUGACAUAUUUACAUAUUUUGAUCUUUUUUAUUUACAUGGUCCUUGAAAAGUAAGUUCACUAGAUUUGUGAAUAUUUCAACUUGAUCGUAAUAAAUAAC